UACCGUUUGGUCGCGUCAGUCGUACGUCCGGAGUCAUUGUGGCCACACGCCCUUGUUGCCAACAUUACCGAACUGAAUGUUGUUGUCACGUGACAAAUGUCACAUGCUCGCCGCGAAAACUUUUGUUUGACGCGUGCGUUUCCGAACGUAAGUUGUUCACUCCGCAACUUUUGUCGUGCUUUGUUUUCGAAUGGGACGUGCGACGGUAUCGGCGCUCGUCGGUUCGCGGUUUGAGUUUCGAAUCUGAAAAAACUUUUUGGUUACUUUUCACAGUGUGCGAAAGUCAUGGUUGUAUAGAAACUUUUUUUAUCGCCAGCGCGCUCGGACUUUAUGGACAUGUGUGGUGUAAUCGUGCUCGUUUUCGCCUUCCUGGUUCUCCCGGACCCUUCCUGUUCCAACUCAGAUAAUAUGGCGCUCCUCCUAGGGACUCUCAAGAUGAUGCAACGGGCUUCGUGCGAUGAGGACAUGGUCUCCCUCGCCUGUCCCACCGCUACCACGAUCAGUAUUCAAGUAGCGCUGUACGGGAAGGCCGGAAAGGACGGCCAUGUUUGUGCCUCGCUGGGCUCCAACGCUGUAGAGGUUGUGGAAGACGAAAACUGCUUGUGGCCCAACACUAUGCAGUAUUCGCUUUUGCAAACGGUGGUGGAAGCCUGUCAAAAGAAGCCGCACUGCAAGUUCAGUACAAAACCCAGACCAGGCCUCAAAGACCCCUGCCCCCGUACUAGAAAGUUCGUCGACGUCGCAUUCAAAUGCAGGCCCUAUGAAUUUCGAAGCCGCACCUGCUGCCAAGAUGAUGUCAUCAAGCUGAGCUGCAACCCUCACUCCAGGGUCGCCAUCUUCGAUGCCCAGUAUGGCAGGAAUGCCUACGAGCCCGUCACAUGCCAUCAGACCGGCAUGCCUGAUGAGUUGUGCAUGGCGCCGCGUUCCCUGGACAUUGUGAUGCAGAUAUGCCACGGAAAACGUAGGUGCCAAGUCGAAGCUAGCGACAGAGUUUUCGGUAACACUUGCAGUGCGAAGACUAGAACUUAUCUCAAAGUUAUAUAUGCGUGUGUGCCCUUAGGAGUGAUGUUGGAGAAGUAUGAAAGUAAACUCGAAGAUGACGAGAAACCAGACAGCGGCGCCGACAAGAACGAGGAAGAUAAAGAUUUCUUCGACGAAUCUGAGGGUGUUGGUGAAAAAUGGGGGGAACCGAAUGCGAAUCCAGCCCUGCAACUACCGGAAGAAACUCCAGCGACGACUUCUUUGAAGCCAGAUACCGAUACCACAACACAAGAAUCUGGCAAGAAACAAAAUGAAUUGGGUUCUUCUCAAACAAAAAUGAAAGAAAAAAUUUUCAUUUACAUAGGAGUAGGACUACUAAUAUUCGUCCUAAUAGUAGUGUUGAUUUUCGUCAUUCGAUACUACAGAAUCCGUAAGUUAUUGAGUAACUCAAAAAAUGGCGACAUGUUCUCUACAGAGCCCCCUAAUGUAUUUAAUGAGGCGUCUGAUAUUGACAACGACAUAGAUGUAAGUCAUAUAUCUGGGACAUUCUAUGAUCCCGUGCAUCCUGAUAUGAUACUAUACAGAGAUGUACCAGGGCAUAAGGGGACAAUAAGAGCUAUGCGUCCCCUUUCCACAAUCUACCCUUCAGGAGUGAGCAUGUAUGGCAAUGACUACGUUCCUCCACCUCCUAGAGAAAUAAGACUUCACAAAGAAAACGAACCAGAAGAAGCGCUGAGUCCAAAAAGUUUAGGCAACUAUUCCAAUUCUCAAUUCUACUACGGGUGACGUCACGAAGCCGGAAGCAGCAAAGAUUUCUCCAGAACCUACUGUUUCUAAAGAGAUAAAACACUUUCUAUAUAGGUUUCGGAUCAAAGUUAGCACGGUGAUUCAAUCUUAAAAGAUUUAGAUACUGUUGGUAGAGAUUUGAAAUGAAAUUUCAAGGUUGGUGAAAAUGUAUACCUAAAGUUGAAUGGAAAAUUAUACUACUAUAUUGUAUUAAUGACUUACACAUUAUUGAUCUAAUAUAUUUAAAUGCACCAUGUAAUUUUAUCUUAAAUAUUAUGGAACUGCACCCGUAUUUAAAAAAUACCAUCUGUGAUUAAUUAAUAUUAAUGUAAGAAUUUAUUUAGAUAAGUAUGUAAUCUAAAGAAUUGGUAUACAGAACGACUAAAAGGACGACCUUGUUAAUCAUAUGAAUACCUAUAAUAAAAGUAACUUUGUAAAUAUUUCUUAUUAAGUGUACACGCCAAUUUGUAAAUGUUCCGAUUAGUUUAUCGCGAAUUAUAAAUGUGAGCCUAUUGAACAUAAUAAUGCUAUAAAAUAAAUCGUAUUUCCUAACUAUUCACCUCCUA